CCUUUCAAGUUUAGCACAUAAUUAUGGCAACUGCUGACACGGGUAGCUCAAAAGUAAAGAACAGAAGGUGGACUCAUGAAGAAGAUGCUAUGUUGGUUUCUUGCAUGAUUGAUUUGCAUAAUAUGGGAACAAAAAAGUCUGAUACUGGAUUUAAAGCUGGCUAUUUGAGUGAGUUAGAGAAAAUGCUUACAACUAAAUUACCUAACUCAAAUAUAAAAGGUAAACCACACAUUGAGUCCAGAAUUAAAACAUUGAAGAAAGAAUGGAGCAUUGUCCAUGAUUUGUUCACAAAUCAUAAUAGUGGAUUUGGAUGGGAUGAUGAAAGGAAGAUGGUUACUGCUGAAGAUGAUGUUUGGGAGGCUUAUUUAAGUAGUCAUAAAGAAGCUGCGCAAUAUAGAAGGAAAACCUUUCCUUUUUAUAAUGAGUUUACUGAUAUUUAUGGAAAAGAUCGUGCUACUGGCAAAGAUUCACAAACAGGUGCAGAUAUAGUUUAUGAAAUGGGUAAUGCUGAAGCUGUUGAAGGCAUUGGUGGAACAAUGGAAGGUAGUCAAGAUGACAAUCCAGUUGAAUUGCAAGACAAUGAUUUUUCGUUUGUCCCUACUCAAUCAUCUGGUGCUAGAGAGAUGAGUUCAACAAAGAGGAAGAGGAAAAGAAGUGACACAUGUGAACCUAUUACUGCAGAUUCUUUGAUUGGUGCUGCCAUGAUGUUGAGUGAGAAGUUGGAAUCGGUAGGAGACAAAAUAAGUAAAAGUCUUGGAACUGAAUUGACUCUUCAACAAAAAAUUGAGCAAUUAGAGGGUAAGUUGAGUGAGAUUGAGGGGCUGGAAUAUGAUGACAAGUUUAUGGCUUUGAUCAAGCUUCCUGAAUAUCCAAAUCAAAUGCUUGUAUUUUUUAGUCUUGCAGCGGACCAAAGGCUUGAAUGGGUGAAAAGGUUCCUUGCUACAUAUUGAACAUGUUUGUGGUGAGGAGUCUUGCAACGGACCAAAGGCUGAUGCAUUGUUGUUUUUGUUGUCAAGUUAGAAAGUAUCCUAUUGUAAGUAUGAAGCUGGCUAUGUAAAAAUAUGAUGUUAGCUUAUUUUUUUGGAAACUAAAAAGGAUGAACUUGUUAACUUAUAUCAUGUGUAUUUUGUAAUAUUUUGAAACUUGUUUGUUAUAAUAUUAUGGUAUUCUGCAACAUUAGUAUAA